CGUAUGGGAAGACUCACAAUCUCCAAAGAAGAACAAGAGAAAAACAAGUGGUUAACAAGAUGGAUAUGGCAACUGAGGCACCCAAAGCUCCAUUGACUCGUGAAAGACGGAUUAGAUCGGACCUCGAGGAAAAGCUAAACAAACCCUAUUUGGGAAGGGCAUCGGCAGCUGUGGACGUGGAUCACCCACAAGGAACAGUAGGACGUGACAGUAAAGGAUUGAGUGUUCUUCAGCAACAUGCUUCCUAUUUUGAUCAGAACAAAGAUGGAAUCGUUUAUCCCUGGGAAACUUACAGAGGUUUGAGAAACCUUGGCCUCAGUUUCAUUGAAAGCGUUUUUGCUGGAAUCAUCAUCAACAUAGGAUUGAGUUAUUCCACACUCGAAGGAUGGCUACCAGAACUGUUUUUUCCCAUAUAUAUCGACAGAAUCCACAAAUGCAAGCAUGGCAGUGAUUCUGCAACGUAUGACACUGAAGGAAGGUUCAUGCCAAUGAAUUUUGAGAGCAUCUUCAGCAAGUAUGCUCGAACUGUGCCUGACAAAUUAUCAUUCAACGAAGUGUGGCACAUGACUGAGGCGAAUCGGAACCAAUACGACUUCCUUGGCUGGAUAAUAUCAAAGGGCGAAUGGUUGCUUUUGUACCGAAUUGCAAAGGACUCACAAGGUUAUCUGGCAAAAGAAGCUGUAAGGGGAUGCUUUGAUGGGAGUUUGUUUGAUUAUAUUGCCAAUAUGAAUAAGGCCAAAAGGAAUUAAGGUCCACUCAUUGGAGCACUGCAUGUUGUUUGAAAUGUUGUGUUUGAACUAAAGUUGUCCAAUAUAUUUGAACUACGGUUUCAUCCUUUUCAACAAUAACUGGGCUGAAUUAUUAUGUUUAAUUGUCUUGAGAU